GACAAAACCACAGCUUCUCAUAGCACCAACGUUCUGCACUGAAGAUGGAACCUGAAGACAACUUGAAUGACAUAUACAGCGGCAUGUUCAACGAAGACGAGCAGGAACCUUACUCCAGCAUGCUCCACUACCUAUUUCUUCCUAUAGCAUAUUCUAUAACUUGUGUUCUUGGACUGAUCGGGAACGUUCUGAUUAUUAUGGUGUUUGUGAGAUACGAGAAGAUAAAGACCCUCACAGACACCUUCUUGGUCAAUCUGGCUGUUGCAGACAUCCUGUUCCUGCACACUCUUCCAUUUCUGGCUUAUGAAGCAGCACAUAGCUGGAUCUUUGGGGACUUCAUGUGUAAAAUUAUAAGGGGCACAUACAGAAUUAAUCUAUAUACAUCCAUGCUGAUUCUCACUUCCAUCACAUUUGACAGAUUUAUUUCUAUUACAAAAGUUACUAAGGCAAAUAAAUACCAAGUGACCAAACACAAGUGGAGGGUGUGUUCCGGCCUCUGGUCCCUGGCACUGGUCCUGGCCAUUCCCCAGUUUGUAUACAGCAGAGAACAGGAGGAGAAAUGCUUUGAGGUCUAUGAGCCUCCUAUCAUGGAACUUGUGGUGGUUUCACUUCAAAUGAUUGUGGGCUUUCUAAUGCCAUUGUCUGCAAUGAUCUUUUGUUACAGUUUUAUUCUUAAGACUUUAGUUAACGCCAGAGGUGUCCAGAAGAAAAAGUCCAUGAAGAUAAUAGUGGCCAUAGUGGUUGUGUUCACAGUCACACAGCUGCCCUAUAACUCCCUUGUCCUGGCACUUGCCCUAAAGAAGGAUCUUUUGGUUGACAAAGUAUUUGCUUAUGUAAGCAUCAUAAUGGAGGCUGUAGCUUAUCUCCAUGCUUGUCUCAACCCAGUCCUAUAUUUCUUUGUUGGUACAAAGUUUAGAAAACAUUUCUGGAAAAUGCUGAAAGGUUUGGGUCUCAACAUGAUGGCUGAGGAAACCAGCGAUCAACAACGAGCGACCGAUGGAGACUCCAAGUAUGUUUCUGCUUCCACAAACAUAAAUGUAACAAGUGUGUAAAUGGCUGAACUUAGGCAUGGAUAUAAAGAGAAGCGCUUCUCAUAGACCAGCAGCAAUUGUAAGGCACCGUACAGCUCUAUUAACACUUUACUGUUCAUUUUCUUUUAAGCUUUCAUUGUUUCCUAAGGCUCAGAAUAGUGCAGGCAGCUGCAGGCUAUCCCCAUUAUAAGUCAAUAGGGAAAAUAAUGAAACAUAAAGGACUGUAUCUGCCAUGGAUCUUAUCAGCAGAACUGUAUUGGGAGUGAAACCCUUGUAUUAAUAUUCGAGCUCAGUCAAUGUAGUGGUCAUUCCCAGAUCAUUGAGGCCCUUGUGGAUGAAGCUGGAUGAUACUUGGCCCCAGUAACAAUUUCUAUCAUAGUAGCUAAAAAAUUUGAUAUGCUUCAAUAAAGGUGUUAAAAGAUAUAGUGAUAAAGGAUCUAACUUCUUUUCUGCCACAAAGUUUUUAUUGCUGAUAGCAGCUAUGGAGGAGAAGGGGCAAUGAGGGGGAAUCUUCUUGGAGUUGUGCUCUUUUCUUCACCCUCUGGCCCAGAUCACCACGAUGACCUCCACGAUGACUUCUUUCCACCACAAAUUGUCUCUAAAGUAUUUGCUGCCAAUUUUGGCUCCUUUACAUCAAACUCUUGAUACCAGCAAUGAUACUUGGAUGAAAAAAUAUUACUUUAUUUGCCUAUUUUCUUACUGGAAAAAAAACUUUUAUUGUUUUGGCAAAUAAAGGAAUAUUUUUAUCCAAGUGACAAAUAGUAUCCACAGGACACCAGAUGGUAAGAGUACCAUACCAUUGAUGGCAAUAGCAGCCCUCUAUUUGUCACACAAAUGAAUAGCACCACAUGUUAUGCCCUCUAGAGGCCCUCACAGUAAUUGUGUCUGUUUGUUCUACCCACUUAUAGUACACAGAAUGGUAUAGGCCUGCAGCAUAAAAGUGUCACACACUAAACAGGAAGGCACGCACUCAAAAGAUGAACACAAUAUAAAUAUAACAGUCCAUAAGAAAAAUGUAGUAAUCACAUGAGAUUAACCCCUUAAAAGGGACCCAAUCAUCAGAUUUUACCCUAUAUAACGCUUGGCAAAGCGUUAUAUAGGGUAAAAAUCUUUAUCCUCACCAGCUCUGGGGGACGCUCCUGCCCCCAGGGAUGGUGAAGAUAUGAAGUUAU